AUGGCGGGCUUUUUACGAGGAAAGCAGGCAGGCAUCCAGAAGGACUUGUCUGCCAGCAUCCGGCCUGAGUUGUUUACGCCUGACACUCAAGCUCGUUACGGCAUCAACUCUCAGAUCAGUUGCUUUGCCUACGACCCAAUUCAAUCACUUCUUGCGAUCGGUACGAGCGAAAGCAAAUUCGGCGUGGGAAAGAUUUACAUCUUUGGCCAGCGCCGAGUGCAAAAGGUGCUGCAACCGCCGCGCGCCACCUCGUUUCGUACGCUGCACUUCUCCGCCAACCACAUUGUUAGCCUCGACACGAAAAAUGAAAUCGGACUGUGGGACCUGGAUACCGGUACCCGGGUUGGCGCCCAGGUGGUGGCCGGAUCCGUGGCGGCCCUAGUUGUUGACCCAAUGCUGGACUGGGCAUUUAUCGGUUUACAGAACGGCGAUGUUAUGGCAUACGAUCUUGAUCGUCACUCGCUUUCGCGCUCAUUCAGGCUUCCCAAUUUCUGGAAGGACAGGGAACCUGGCGCACGAGCUGUAACUCUGGUCUGUAUAGCCAUGCAUCCGCGCGAUGUGGGAAAGCUGCUCAUUGGCUAUACGCAUGGGGCCGUCGUAUACUCUUUCAAGCAGAAUAAACCGGUGCAAUACUUCGAAUACGUUGUUCCACGUGGAGCUCCUGGAGGAACUGGAGCCGGCAUCGACACGAUUCGCAAGCCAAGACUUACACAUGCCCUGUGGCACCCUUCUGGUACAUUUAUCUUGACUGCCCACGAUGAUGGCAGUUUGGUUUUCUGGGACCUCAAAGACUCCAAGAUUGUGCUGGCACGGACUCUCACAGCUACCGGAAUCGAACUACCAUCAACUGGCCCUGCUCAGCCGACUCUCCUUGAGCCAUACAUCAAAAUAGCAUGGUGUUGCAAGGAGAAUUGCGAUGACUCUGGCCUUCUGAUUGCCGGAGGUCACCCUUCGACGUCUGGAGAAAAUAGCCUAACCUUCAUCGACCUCGGCAUUACUCCCGUUUAUGCGACGUCGUCUUGGCAGUCCCUUGCAAACUAUUUCCAUGGAAAGCAUAGCAUUUCAUUGGCGCUGCCGCCUGGAGCGCAAUCAGUCGAUUUUCUGCUUAUCCCACGCUCUUCGCCACACUUCCAUGGUGCACAGGAUCCAAUAGCUGUUCUCUCCUUGCUGAGUGCCGGUGAACUUCUUACUUUAAGCUUUCCAUCCGGGUACCCAAUCAGUCCCACGAACCAACUUCACCCCUCGACCUUUUUCGUGCACCCUUUUAUCACCAAGAUACAUGUCUCCAGCCUGGAGCGGCCUAGAUGGCUGUCUAUGGUUGAAAAGAGAGACCAGGGAGAGCCGAUUCUCAAGGGUGGCGCAGAAGGCGCCAGACCUCGCAAACGUUUCGAGGAGAGAACUAUCAUUCAAGCAGCCCAUGCCGAUAGCAUAAUUCGCAUUUGGGAUUCGGGCCAUGCUGACGAUAUUGAAAAUGCGCAACCUAUCCAGGUUGACAUUGCCCGUGCGCUUGAUCGCUACGACGACGUUGAUGUUUCAUGCAUGAGCAUGGCAAGCAACACUGGUGAAUUCGUUGUUGGCACUAGAACAGGAGAGGCGAUUGUGUUCCGAUGGGGAAAGAAUCGAUUUCACGGAAAGCCGGACUCGCCUCCUAUCGACCCCAACCCCAAAAGCCUGACUGAUAUCAGCUCUCGAGCAGAGCCCAGUCUUCGCGAGGGUCUGCAGCCCUUUGUGUUGUAUGAGAUGAUGAUGGGACCAAUUACUGCCGUGAAACUUUCGAAUGUUGGCUUUGUUGCUGUAGGAUCAGAGCUUGGAUUUCUCACCAUCAUCGAUCUGCGCGGUCCGCAAAUAAUAUACCAAGCUCCCAUGACCGAUUUCGCCAAGCAGGCAAAGCGCGGUUCGCUUUUCAAGGGAUCCCAUAGUCGCUCUGACUCUGCGCCCCAGAAGGAGUGGCCUGUUGUCAUGGAAUUCGGAGUCAUGACUCUUGACGAUGAUAAAUAUUCUAGCAUAUGCUGUUUCGUUGGUACCAAUAUCGGCAAGAUCAUCACAUUCAAACUUCUCCCUGCCGCCAACGGCACGUAUUCGGUACAGCUAGCCGGUGUCUUGGCUCUUGACAGCAGAGUGAUCUCUCUCAAUGCCAUUGACGUCAACACAGGCAGACCUGCUGCGGCGACUGGACAAACUGUGGCUGGUCUGCGCGAAGGGCGACAGGUCGACGGUGCUGUUGUCGCCGUCACGCACACCGAGAUACGUAUCUUCCACCCUGCAAACUCAAAGGGCGCGUCCAAGGAAUUUGACAACCUGCUUUGUGACGCGGCGUCUGUCGCAGAACUUGAGCUACAAGGCUACGCUAUCGUCGCGGUGUUUGGUGACCGUACCGCGCGAGCCUUUUCCAUUCCAACUCUGAAAGAAAUUGGCAGGGCUGAUCUUCCAACCGUGGACCCCACUAGAAUUGCCGAAACAGUAGUAACGCAGACGGGUGACAUCUUUGCUUGGACUGGCCCCAGUGAAUUAGAGGUUAUUCACGUCUGGGGUACUGGCAAGGGUCUGGAAGACUCACCAGACGUGCUCAUUAAUCCAAAGCUUGUGUGCCCGCCGCGGCCGACCAUCUCCAAUAUGCAAUGGAUUUCUGGAACGCAGUAUGUGUCGGUUCUUGAUCUUGACAUCCUGGUUGGUGGGCCCGAUCGGCCACAGAGCAAGCGCAUGCUCGAGGCUGCUGCUGCAGAGCAGAGAGCGGCCCGGCAAGGAGGCGCCCCGGGAAGCUCUGUCGCGGGCACUUCACAAGAAGGAUGGGGCUCGUACCUGUCUCGUCAGUUGGCCGAACGGACAGAAAAGCUGAAUAUUAUGGGUGAUAGCAUGGACAAUCUGCAGGCCCAGAGCCAGGGCUGGGCAGAUGAUGUCAAUAAGUUCAUGGGCAAGCAGAAGCGUGGUCUCGUCGUGGGAGCGCUCAAGAGCAAGUUUUUUUGA